AGGAUCGUUUACUACAGCGCAAAUCGUGCGGUCUGCUCCCAGGCUGCUGCUCCACGCUUUACAUAGCCUGCAGGUUAGGUAGCACAGGCCUGUCUGUCUCCCAGGCCACACGCAGACCACUCCGAGUCCAUAAAGUUAACCUUAUAGUUCCGCUCAUCAUCGACGUCCUCUGGUUGAUCUGCAGGCGCGGACAGGCACCAUGGCGUCUCCGAAAGCAACUUCACAUCCCCAAACUUCGUUUUCACCCAAACGGAAGACAAAGAAGAAACACUUUGUUCAUCAGAAAGUGGAGGUGUUCCGAGCGAGUGACCCCGUUCUGAGCGUGCUGAUGUGGGGAGUCAAUCACACGAUCAACGACCUGGCCCAGGUCCCCGUGCCGGUGAUGCUGCUGCCAGACGACUUCAAAGCCAACACCAAGAUGAAAGUGACCAACCACCUCUUCAACAAAGAGAACCUUCCAGGACAGUUUAAGUUCAAGGAGUACUGUCCGCAGGUGUUCAGGAACCUCCGGGAACGCUUCGGGAUAGAUGAUCUGGACUACCAGGUGUCUCUGGCGGGCAGCCCUCCGGUGAAGGAUGGCGAAGGCCAUGGAGAGAGGCAGCUGCUGACGUCAUGCGACGGGACUCUGGUGGUGAAGAAGAUCGCGAGUGAAGAAGUAGCAGACAUGCAUAAUAUUCUCUCUGAGUACCAUCAACACAUCGUCACCUGCCACGGCAACACCAUGCUGCCCCAGUUCCUGGCCAUGUACCGUGUGAGCGUGGAGAGCGAGGACGCCUACCUUCUGGUCAUGAGGAACGUGUUCAGCCACCGGCUGCACGUCCACCGGAAGUACGACCUCAAGGGGUCUCUGGUGUCCCGGGAGGCCAGCUUCAAGGAGAAGGGGAAAGAGUUGCCGACGUACAAAGACGUGGACUUCAGGAACAACCUGCAGAAGGUGUAUGUGAGCUCCGAGGAGAAGGAGAAAGUCCUGGACAAGCUGCACCGGGACGUGGAGUUCCUGGUGCAGAUGCGCAUCAUGGACUACAGCCUCCUGCUGGGCAUCCACGACGUCGAGCGGGCCGAGAAGGAGGAGGAGGGCGAGGAGGGGGAGGUGGGAGAGGAGGGCUCCGCCGAGGAGGAAGAGGAGCAGGAGGAAGAGGAGGAGGAGGAGGAGAACGGCCUGGCUCCCGGCCCCGCCCCGGAGGGCCUGGCGGGCUACAUGAGGGCCUUCAAGCCGCUGGGCCCCGGGGAGCACGACCCCUACGUUGACGUCUACGCCAUCCGGAGCGCCGAAGGGGCCCCACGGAGGGAGGUGUACUUCAUGGGGCUCAUCGACGUGCUGACGCAGUACGACACCCGGAAGAAGGCCGCGCACGCUGCCAAGACCGUCAAACACGGGGCGGGAGCAGAGAUUUCCACGGUUCACCCAGAGCAGUACGCCAAGCGCUUCAGAGAGUUCAUCUGCAACAUCUUUGCCUAGGUCCAAUGUCUGAGGUCUGGGUUCUGUUCACUGUACCGUUGAUGCGGCACUGGAAAGACAAGUCCACCUUCCCUUAACGCGAUCCUCUUAAAUCGCCAUCUUAUGGACGGCUAUUAGACGAUCUCCCUCAGGUGAAGAACCAGACGACGGUACUGGACUCCCAUUCCCAACGCAUAGCGGCUCACCGUGUAAUUGAAUGGCGAUGCCUCACCAUUUAAUCCACAAGACUUCAUACGUGCACUGUAAGCCCCUGGCGAUUCCUUCUGUAGUCAUGACUACUUUCAUUUCAAAGAUCCGUACCCAGGAAGCGACUAAACGGACUUCACUUACACUUUCAAUUUGCCAUUGAUUUAAACGUCAAAGGGGAGGCCGAUAUUGUCCGCCGGCACGCCAAAUCAGCACUCGGCUCUCCGCUUCCUCCGGUGUGAUUGCCGACCAUAAAUUAAGCCCUCGCCAGUGAUGUGUGUCUACAUUUGCAAACCGUAACAAAACAGCCAUGAAACACGAAAGCUCAGAUCUCCUAAGUGGCGCUCUGAGGGAACAGCGGUGAUGGACGACCCAGAGCCGGCGGCCCGCUCGCUAAUGGGCCGUCUGCACAGACAGGCGCUACUCCUCCUCAUGAAGAUGCAACCGGUCCGAUCCGGUCUCGCCCUGUUGGUCACUAAUGGUUUUCUCGUGUCCGCGUCAGUCUGCCCUUAGUUUAGUGUCCAGGGAGAAUCCUCCAUCAUAGAACCGAUGCUGUUAUUUCCUCACACAAUCCAAGUCUGACGAACUAGAUCUGUUACAGUCUGCCUGUAAGCUGAGGAGGAACAUAGACUCCUUAGAUCUCUAAUGUUUCCAUAGUGGACCCAAGGCCAUAGCCAGGGUUUCAAAUAUAGUGAGGUGCGGCUAACGUUGUGGGGGUUCUGUUUUGCUGAGGGGGGUUGUAUUUCGGCUUGCGCACGCACCUCUUGAUAUCACACACGGAAAAAUCAAAGAAAGAACUGUCAACUGAAUUAAGCAUUUACUCAUCUCGGAGAAGUUCGCAACCGUUGAUUUUGUAUACGGUUGUAUUUAGGUUCUUAUUGGCCACGGUCCAGACCUCGAUGUCCUCAUAGCUUGCUGCGGGCAUGAAUGUACCUGACGUCCGGUAAAGACCCCAUUAA